CAGUCAGCAAUUACACUUACAUAGUUAUGUAACUAUUAAUACAAAAUGUUAACAUGAUUUGAAUUACUCAUUUUGGACUCAAAAUACAUACAUUAAAUUUAUACAUAAACACAGUAUUAGAGAAGUAAAAAGACAUGGCUUUACGCUUAACUGUAAGACCUAUGAGUCAACCACCUAUUGCAAGAGAAACAGUUAAGAAAUGCAGAAAAUCAUUGAAAAAAAGUGGUGAUUCCUUAAAUCAUUCCUCAAAGAAAUUACGGUUGAUAAAAAACGAUAAGGAUACUAAUGGUCAAGACUUUUUUCGCGCAAUUUCUUAUGGUGAAGAUAAUGAUGAUGCUAAAUAUGAAAGAAAUAGAAAUGUUUUAACAAAUCAGAAAAAAAUGACUUCAUCAUAUAAUCCUGAUUUAAAAGUUCUAGGACCACAUAAAACUACUAUUAAUAAAAAUUUGUCAAUUGGUAAGUUAAUGGGGACGAGAUUGGAAUCAGAUAAGUUUUUAAAACCAAGAAAUACACAAUUUAUGGACAGCAAAAAUAUUAAUUUAAGCUGCUCUGGAGAAUCUGUAGAAUUGAUAGGCCUCGUUUUGGGAGUGUUCAAUAGACAUGAUGAUCCUUAUGGAUCAGCAAAAAUAUUUACGAAAUUUGCAGAAGAAGUUGACAUUAAAACAAAUAGGAAAAUAAGUGAUAUUUUAGAUACAACAGGUCCUAUUCCAGUAAAAGGACAACAAAAAGUGCUAUACAAAAUCGAUCCAAUGUAUCCAGCAACAGUUAUAGUAGGAAUAGGAGAUGAAUGUGCUUGUUACAAUGAAAAAGAAGAAAUAGAUGAAAUGAAAGAAAAUGUAAGAGAUGCUGCAGCCUUAGGAGUUAGGACACUACAAGAAUUAAAUAUGAAAACAAUAUUAGUUGAUAGUAUGGGGAGUGCAGAAGCAUCUGCUGAAGGAUCAGCCUUAGGUGUUUGGAGAUUCCAGGAACUUAAGAAUAUUAAAAAACAAAUCUUGAUUCCAAGAUUAGAACUUCAUGGGGAUUGUGAUUAUACAGCAUGGCAAAUAGGAUUACAAAAAGCAGCAGCUCAAAACUUAGCCAGGCAGCUUUGCGAAACGCCAGCAAACCUCUUGACACCCUUAGGGUUUGCACAGGCUGCAGUAGAAGUAUUAUCAAAAGCUGGUGUAAAUGUAGAAGUAAAAGGCAAAGAUUGGGCCAGAAUAAUGCAGAUGGGAGGAUUUCUAGCUGCAGCAAAAGGCUCAUGUGAAAAUCCUAUCUUUUUGGAAAUAAGUUAUUAUGGUUGUGAGCCAGAUGUCCAACCAGCUGUUUUAGUAGGGAAAGGAGUAACCUUUGAUAGUGGUGGUCUUUGUCUGAAGCACCCAUGUCAUGCACUCAAGUACAUGAGAGGCGACAUGGCAGGGGCAGCUUGUGUGGUUGCUGCAACAAGAGCUGCUGCCGCAUUACGUCUACCAAUAAACAUCAGAGGAUUAAUGCCAAUAUAUGAAAAUCUACCUGGAUCUUGUGCUAUGAAGCCAGGUGAUAUUAUUAGAGUUAAAAAUGGUAAAUCAGUUUUAAUACACAACACAGAUCAUGAUGGUCGUCUUUCAAUGGCCGAUGCCUUAUGCUAUUCGACAGAGUAUAAUCCAAAAUUUAUACUAGAUAUUGGUACAUUAAGUAAAGAAUUAUUAGAAUCUUUGGGACCUGCUGCGAGUGCUGCUUUUUCAAAUAAUGAUUCUCUCUUUCAAACUUUGAAAAAUGCUGCAGUUCACACUGGUGACAGGGUGUGGAGAUUACCGUUAUGGAAUCAUUUUUCAAACAAAGUAACUUUGACUCAAUCAGCAGAUGUCCAAGACAAAGCUGUUGAAACUGGUUUGGCUUGUACUUGUGCUGCAUUUUUAAAAGAAUUCAUUCCCCCAGUAGAUUGGUUACAUAUAGACACAUAUGCAACUGCAGUUUCAGAUGGACACACAGAACAAUAUCUCACCAAGGGAAUGUCAGGCCGUCCCACAAGAACUGUCGUUGAAUUUUUGGCACAACUAGCCUGUCAUUGUGAUGAUGAUGGCCCAGUAAAAGCUGAAAAACAAAACGAGUAAUGCAGUGACUAAGUUAUGUAAAUCUCGUGUCUUUUUGACUGUCCUAAUAACAUACAAAUAAAACCAAUAGCAAAAAGAAUUUUAUUAUUCUGAGAUAAUAUUAACAGUGCCCAUAUAUACUUAAAACCUAUUAAAGUUAAUAUAUUCAGUUUAUGAUUCUUUCUUAAGAAUUAUGCAAAUGUGACUCAUUUCAUUUCACCAUAAUGAAUUAUAAAUAUUUUUUCAUUAGAAUAGUCAAGUUUUGGUUUUCAACUUAUACUAAGGACAAAGUAAAUAUUAUUCAACAUACUAACUUAGCUGUUUUAUAAACUUAGAUAUUUUUUAUAUCUUACUAACAUAAUUUGGAGAAAGCAGAAAUCCUUGUAUAUCAAACAAUAGGUAAAAGGAACAGUUCAACAAAUUGGAUAAUUUUAAACCAAAGUAACUAUUUACUGUCAACUACAUCUAUUUGUAUGACUAACCAGUACACACUUCAAGCACACUUAAACCCGAAAUUCAAACAUCAUUGUCAGUUACCUAACUGGCUACCAGGUAAAAGAAGCAGUUCGUGAACGAACUGGUGAAACAAAUCCAACUUUCCAAAGCGAAUUUUCACUGAGAACUAUUGUUUAGUUAUUAA